GACCUAUAGAAUAGGGAAAUUCGUGACGCAAUCAAAUUUACAAGAUUAUUAUAGGUUGUAACUAUUAUAAGUUUCGUCGUGGCCGAUCUUAUAUUUAUUCUGUGACAGACGUGUCGCGAGUGUACACCUCACAAACUCACACAAACAUAAGCUACACGAGGUGCGUCUCACGCACCAACGCACUUCUGAACGCAGCCAAAGUACAUAUAAAAACAAGAAGCAUGGAUACCGGCGCCGCAUUGCGUGUCUCACGCGUACUUCUCACUGGCCCUCCUGGUAUAGGAAAAACUACAUUAUGUAAAAAGUUAGCUUUGAUGAUGGAGGAACAAAGUUAUAAGUUUGAUGGAUUUUAUACUGAAGAAGUUCGAGGUCAAAGUGGUAGCAGGAUUGGAUUUGAUGUUGUGCUAAUGAAAAACCGUGACGAAAAAUCAACAUUGGCACGAAUUGAAAAUGUGAUAAACCAGUCGCAGCAUUCUAAAUAUAAAGUGGGGAAUUAUCAUGUGUUUCUCAAUGAUUUUGAAGCAACAGUAUUGCCUGUCUUUGAUUCAAAUGCAGACAUAUUAAUCAUAGAUGAAAUUGGAAAAAUGGAAUUGUUUAGUCAAAGAUUUCAUGAUAAAAUAGUGAAGUUAUUUUUUGGAACUUCAAAAAUACCUUUUAUAAUUGCGACGAUACCUCAAAUGCAUAAAGUACCGCAACGGCAUUUAUCAUUGUUCCAAAAACUUCAUGCAGAUAAAAGAUGUAAAAUUAUAAAUGUUAAUCGUCAAAAUCGAGAUAAUUUACCAGGAGAAAUUUUUCCGCUCAUUUCACAAGGUACACAAGCUCCCUUUUUUUAAAGAAAAACAAUAUAAAUUUUAAAUACAUUAUAAACAUCGUUUAUUAUUAACAAAAAAACAAAAUGUUAGAUUAAAGAAAUCCUUCCAAUCACGUUAAAUUUGUAAAAAAGUAGUCAUCACAAAUAACGUGACAAAUAGUGACUGGCUGGAAAAUUGUACUACAUAGUCAUGCUAAAUUGCAUAUGUAUUAUAUAUUUUCGUAAUAAUUAUCGUUUCGUAAAAACCACCAUUAUUCAUUAAAGAAUAAAUUAAAAGAAUAACAGGUGUGUUCAUUAUAUGUUCAGCACCUUCUGCAAAUAUUAGAAUAUAAGUUAAUCUGUUGAGAUCUUUGAGAUCAUUUACUCAGCUUGUGCGUGAACAUUAAAAUCUUUAGUGAAUAAGGUGGUUCAAUUGAGGGUACAAAAUAGAAACGUUUCUUUUUUUCUUUGCGUCAUUUCAUUACAAAGAAACAUAAAUUGCUAAUGAGGCAUUAGUCUUAUCAUAGACAAGAAAAUUUGAUAUAUGUCUGUUCGCAAGUUCUCAAAACAAGCAAACUUUUUUCAUUUUUGUACCCAUCAAUAUUACAUCUUCAUUGUAGUUAUUAUGAUACAGAAGAUUUUCAUGUUCCUAAAAAGAAUACAGUACUUUAUUGUUUUGGAGAAGCCUAAGUGUUUCUCACCUUCUCCAUUUCGGUAUCAAAUAUAUUACGCACACUUUGAUUGGGCUACUCGUAUUCAGUUAUUGUUAUUCAUUUAUUUAUCAAUAGUACCUAGGGUGUUCCACUAGCACAUGAAUUUUAGUAGAGAAUUAGCAUAUGCCAUUGGCCUUACAUUUGGAUGAGCCUGAAACAAAAAUACAUCCUUAUGUAGUACAAUUAAAAAUUAUAAAACUUACUAAUUAGUUUGUAACAUACCACUCCUUCAUAUGAUGUGAAAUGGGGUUCCAUAUCUUUACCAUUAAGCGUGAUAAAAGCGCCCCUGUUACCCAUAGUAUCACUAAGAAUAAAAAAUAAAAUUAAUAUACAAUAUGACUGUAUUAAAGAUCGUUCAUUUUAUAAAGAACAAUUAUUUUUAAACUAAUAAUACACGUUUAUGUACCAAUAAUUUGGAGCAGAAAAUACAGUAAUACAUUUCCCAAAGUGACCAACUUCAUAUCCAUCAUUUUUCACUUCGUGACUUCUUAUAAUGUAAUCAAGAUUGUUCAUGGCAAGGAAAUUUUGUGUAACAUCAGGGCCAAACUGUACACCAACUCCUCUUUUACUGGGUGCUCUUCCAGCUUGUGGUUGUGGAUCUGACCAUAAUAAUUCGCACAUUAGUCCUUCUUCUGGUGGUUGUCUAUUUCUAUCAAUUUCUCGAAUUUCUUUUAACGUAACAUCGUCUCUUGAAAAUAGACCACCAUGCAUUACCUACAAACCCCAUAAACACAUAAUUUAUAUAUACACCAUUGUAUAACUAUCAGAACACCAGGAAAGUCUGCUUCGUUCCUUUAUUGAUUGUUAUUGAUUAAAACAACACAAACUUUCUUGGUUACCUACUAUAUUAAAUGCAACAUCUCUCUUGUACGUAACAAUAUAAACUUACAAGUAUUCUAUUAUUAAGACAAUGGGCAAGAGGGAGCCAAUUGUAAACCUCUGUAAACAACUCGGCCAUUUGAGCAGAAUAUUUUGCUUUAACCUCACCAUCAAAUCCAUACAUUUGAUUCAUUGUAGCAGAUUCAUGGUUACCUAAA